AAAAUGGCGCUGACGCAGGGGACCAAGCGGAAAGUCUGCUACUACUACGAUGGUGAUGUUGGAAACUACUAUUAUGGCCAAGGACAUCCUAUGAAACCCCAUAGGAUCCGGAUGACCCACAACCUGCUGCUGAACUAUGGCCUCUACAGGAAGAUGGAGAUAUAUCGCCCUCACAAGGCAAAUGCAGAAGAAAUGACCAAGUACCACAGUGAUGACUACAUAAAAUUUCUGAGGUCUAUUCGCCCAGAUAACAUGUCUGAGUACAGCAAGCAGAUGCAAAGAUUUAACGUUGGCGAAGACUGCCCUGUGUUUGAUGGGUUGUUUGAGUUCUGUCAGCUCUCUGCUGGAGGCUCAGUUGCCAGUGCGGUGAAGCUGAACAAGCAACAGACAGAUAUUGCUGUGAAUUGGGCAGGAGGUCUUCACCACGCUAAGAAGUCAGAGGCUUCUGGCUUCUGUUAUGUCAACGAUAUUGUCUUAGCUAUCUUGGAGCUCCUAAAGUAUCACCAGAGAGUGCUGUAUAUUGACAUUGAUAUUCACCAUGGAGAUGGCGUGGAGGAAGCCUUUUAUACCACAGACCGCGUUAUGACCGUGUCCUUUCAUAAGUACGGAGAAUACUUCCCAGGAACAGGGGACCUACGGGAUAUUGGUGCAGGCAAAGGCAAGUACUACGCUGUCAACUAUCCCCUCCGGGAUGGAAUUGAUGAUGAGUCCUAUGAAGCAAUAUUCAAGCCGGUGAUAUCUAAAGUGAUGGAGACGUUCCAGCCUAGCGCAGUUGUCUUGCAGUGCGGGUCAGAUUCUCUGUCAGGGGACAGGCUGGGUUGUUUUAAUCUGACCAUCAAAGGUCAUGCCAAGUGUGUGGAGUUUGUAAAAAGUUUUAAUUUGCCUAUGCUGAUGCUGGGAGGAGGUGGCUAUACGAUCCGCAACGUGGCUAGAUGCUGGACCUAUGAGACCGCUGUGGCUUUGGACACUGAAAUUCCCAAUGAACUUCCAUAUAAUGACUAUUUUGAGUACUUUGGACCAGACUUUAAGCUCCACAUCAGUCCCUCGAACAUGACUAACCAGAAUACCAAUGAGUAUCUCGAGAAGAUCAAGCAACGUCUCUUUGAGAAUCUGCGCAUGCUGCCUCAUGCCCCUGGCGUCCAGAUGCAGCCAAUUCCUGAGGAUGCUGUUCAGGAAGACAGUGGAGAUGAAGAGGAAGAAGAUCCUGAGAAACGCAUUUCAAUCCGCAAUUCUGAUAAAAGAAUAUCAUGUGAUGAAGAAUUCUCUGACUCUGAAGAUGAAGGGGAAGGAGGGCGCAAAAAUGUUGCCAACUUUAAGAAAGCUAAGCGUGUGAAAACAGAAGAGGAAAAGGAGGAAGAGGAGAAGAAAGAUGAGAAAGAAGAGGAGAAAGCAAAAGAGGAGAAAGCAGAACCCAAAGGGGUGAAGGAAGAGACAAAAUCCACCUAAGAUGGCUGCAGCUGGACAAUACCUGUCAGUGCGUAGUUGUCAUAGGUUAGCUUCUCUGGUUGCCUCCCAUUCCACAGGAUUUAUAUUUUAUAUAUGUUUCUGUAUAUAUUUCUAUAUAAAUAUAUAAAUGACUUGAGAACUGUAAAUUAU